GUGCUUUCAUAACUUUCACUUUGUCUAAUUUUCCCUCUACAGAAAAACCAAUCAACAAAAAAAAAAACCAAAAAAAAACUUUUAGCCAAAAAAAUAAAUGGAAAAUCAAGAAGUUUCAACAAUGGAUUUCAAGGAAACUGAGUUAUCUCUUAGAUUACCAGGAGAAAAAGUGCAAAUUUUGGAAGAAAAAUCGGUUAUUAAAAGGCGGUAUUCGGAUACUUUGGAUUUGAACCUUGGCCGUGAUGAUUCUAAUUGCAAUAAAGUUGCUAGAAAUGGUGAUUAUGAACAAAUUAAGCAAUCUAAUGCUCCUAAACCCCCUCCUCCUUCCAAGACACAAUUGGUAGGGUGGCCACCAGUGAGAGCAAGUAGGAAGAAUGUGAUGAAGAGUUACAAAUAUGUAAAGGUUGCAGUUGAUGGAGCUCCAUAUCUUAGGAAAGUGGAUCUUGAAUUAUACAAUACUUAUCAAGAACUCUUAAAGGGUUUGGAAGAUAUGUUUUCUUCCUUCACUAUCCGUAAUUUCUUUAAUGAUGGAAAAUUAAUGGACCCUGUGAAUGGAUCUGAUUAUGUACCAACUUAUGAGGACAAAGAUGGUGAUUGGAUGAUGGUUGGAGAUGUUCCUUGGAAUAUGUUUGCUGAAUCAUGCAAAAGAAUUCGGCUUAUGAAGAGCUCAGAAGCUGUUGGAUUAGAACCAAGAACACCCUCCAAGGUCGACUAACUAUAUGAAAAGUUAAAUCCGAUCAAGGACGACAUGGACGAGAAACUCAGAAACAAAGUCGAUCUACACAUUAGAUUCUUAAAUCAAACAUAUCGUGUCAAUCCGAAUUGUGCAGAUCAAAUUUUGGCACACAUAUACGUGAAAUAAGAGAAAGGUUGUCUAAGUGCGAUGUUUCGUUACUUAAAAAAUGCUCUUAUUAUGCUUCUAAUUUUGGGAUUAGGCAUGUGAGGCAUGGUGGUUAAUUACAGUUAAUUAAGGUUUAUAGUAUAAAAAAUAUAGUUGGAGCUCACUUCCCUACCUUAAGAAAAGGAAGUUGGAGUGAAACAUACAUGUAGAGAUCGAAUUGAAUGACACCCUCAACGGGUUCAAUGUUCGUUGUUUAUUUCCUUUAUUUGUUUUUUUAUGUUGUUUUUAUAGAUUUAUGGCUUAAUUAACAUGAUUUCUUUUUUAUUGUAUAAGAUCAUUAUAUUACUUAUUAUAAUGGUUUUCGAUAUUGUUGUACAAAUUAUUAACAUCAAAUAGUCAAAUACUAUCCUUUGUACUCUAUA